AGUCCGUCAUGGCGCUUAUAAUGUCGUUGUUCCUGUGUCCGUUCCUGGUGGGACAUGUUUACUGUAUCAGUUCCAAAUUGCAUUAUUGCUAUCAGUGUGCGGAUACCAGUGCGGAUGGAAAUUGCCAGACAAAGAUUAAAACAAUGGCGAAGGCGGCCGGGUACAUCACAGAUCCUACCACAUCUGACGUAGACAACGACAAAAUAGAUCUGUACAAGCAGUUUGUUAAAAAUUGUACAGUGUAUCUUGAUAGUAGCCAGGAAACACUCUGUGUCAUAGAAAGUCACGAAUACAGAGGUCAAGUAAAUAUGUUCAUGAGAGACUGCACUGAUGGAGUAAAUUUUGCCGCCAAAUUUGAAGCCGUCCAGCGCCCUCGAGCGGACAAUCAGACAUACUGUGACCGUAAAGGUGACACUGGGACGUACUGCGUCACAAUGUGUAAAGGUGAUUUCUGUAAUGGACCAACGCCGUCAGCUGGGGACACUCUUCAUUUGUCAGUGUGUUUGUUGUUUUCAUCUGUUUUUAUUUACAUGUGUCAUUUUUUGUACUUUGAGUCGAUUUUUUUAUGUUAAGAAAACUGCUAUGUUUAAAAAAAAAUAUAUCAACUAUGUUAUUUCUUGCUGGGCUCUAAUUUUAAAAAUCUUUAAAAAAAAAUACUGUCUCAGAAAUCUUAAUUAAUAAUAUAAUUGAAUCACUGACUUUUUUUGACAAAUAAAACAAAAGAAAAAAAUGAAGCGAUAAACAACCAACCCAUUUUUAGAGGGAUGCGAAGUAUGUAUUUAUGAAGUUGAUACAGUAGAUCCAAGAAUAAGUAAUUUGUUCAUUGUCUGGCAACUACAAAUCAAUAUGUACAUGUACCCCACCUAACUUCUGAAUUUGUGGGAGGAUACCAUGAGCCAUAUCUAUUCCCCUUAGCUUUGCCUUAAAUAAGUUUAUGAUUACCCACAAAGUUAAAAAAAAUAUAUACUGUUUACAAACUAUUGGUCGUAGUUUGUCCUAGCUAGCCUCGAGGGACAACCAUUCCAGUGUAAAUAUUCUUGAAACGUUAUUGACUGUGAUAGAUGAGUGUAAAUAUACCUAGCUCUUUAAAUAUACUAAACCUUCUGAUUUAAAAGAUAAUAAACACACUCUAAAAGUAUAUACGUUUAUAUUUUAAAUAAAUUAUUUUUUGAGAAUAGUUUUUGUGUUUUCCUCCCUUUUUUUAAUUUAAAUAUACAUGUACUUAAUUUCAUUGUCUUGAGGGGAGAAAAUAAGUAACUCCGAAUAAUCACGUUAACUUAAAUUCUUGUGUUCUGCAUGUAUAAUUAGAGAGGUAGAGUGUAGAAUGAUUGUGCGAUUCAAUAUUAAUCUUUUAUUUUGCGUAAAAAACUCAAGACUUGCAAUUAUCAAAAAAAUCUUAGUAUUAUUUUUGGUCCAGAAUUUAGGUACAGGAAAAUGUUGUUACACAAUAAAUGAUCUAUUUUUACAACGA